AUGUUAAACUACAGAAAACAAAGUAGACUCACAUUUUCAAAAUGCCAAGCAUUAUGGAAUAAGCAGAACCGUUCACCUCAAAUAGCUGAUAUAAUUAAAAUGAAUUUGGGCGUUUAUUUAAAAACUCCUAAUCAAACACGUUGGAACUGUUGGUUUGAUUCAUCAAAAUUUCUUCUUUUGCAUUUUAAAAACAGUCCUUCCAAGUUCACUAAAGUGUGUGAUGCUAUAAAAUUAAAUCGGUUUUCCAAAAAUGAUUUAGAAUUUUUAGAAGAGUAUGUUGUAGUUAUGGAACCAUUGUGCAUUUGCCUUGAUGUGUUGCAAGGGGAAAAAAAUAUGUAUUUUGGGUUUUUGUUGCCUUCUAUUACAAUACUCUUACAAAAAUAUGAUGAUAUCGCUAAAAAAAAUUUAGUUUAUUGUGAUUCUUUAGUUAGUUUGAUAAAAGCAAACGUGGAAAAACGUUUCGAAAAUUUUUUGACUGAUCCGUUUUUAUUAUCUGCAACGGUUUCACAUCCGUUUUUUAAAACCAUCUGGCUAACCGACAAUGAUAAAAAAGAUAAGGCAUUAUCAUUUUUUAAAAAAUCUUGUUUAGAAAUGUUUGAACAAUCAAAUUUGCCUGAAUCUGAGAUAUCUGAUAGCAAUAUGAGUGAUGAUGCAAAUAAUUACUUUAACUGGUCUGAAAAUAAAUCAAAAGUGGAUCUUUCAUUAGAGCAAGAAAUAACAAGGUAUUUGUCAAAAAGUCCUACAAAAAAUCUUAAUAUAUUGAAUGAAAUGCCCACAGUUAAAAAAGUAUUUUUAAAAUUUAACACACCACUUCCUAGCAGUGCUGCUGUGGAACGCAUAUUUAGUAUUGGUGGUGCUGUUUUAUCUAAAAAAAGAGGUAGGAUGAAUGAUAAAAAUUUUGAAAAUGUAUUAAUGUUAAAGUGUAAUAAAUCAUUAAUAUAA